GAUGCUCCGUAUGACUAUAAAAUUUUGACCAGACCUCGCGAAACGCAAGCGAAUUCGAUAAGUACUCAUUCUGCUGGACAGGAAACGAAGCUAUCGGAAAUUCACAAAACUUUCGAAGCUGAACUCCAAGCUUAUGAAGACCUAAAGAUUCGUGAGGAGACUUCAGAGGAUUGGAUUUUCGAUGCAAACAGUGGAUACUUUUACAGCAGAUCUGCACAAACAUAUGCACUGUGGGACAGCCAGAAUCAAGAAUGGAUGUACUUUGAUAGUAAUUCUGCACAUGACCCGGAGCAGAGCAAAACCGAUGAAUCAAUGUCUAUUCCAAAUAAAGAGCAUGGCUCUGAAGAAGCCACAGAUGAACAAAAUACACGUAUUUUUUCACCUCCACAAGGUUAUGUCAAAACUUCAGAAGCACAAUAUUUUUUUCAUCCAGAAAGCAAUAUAUGGUUCGAUGUGUAUUCUGGUAUUUAUUCAGCAUAUGACGAAUCUACUCAGACUUAUACUCCUGUCGAUCCAUCAUCUAUCGUUUAUACAUCUCCUAUUAGUAAUGAAGAUUCUGCAAUAGAUCAGGGUGAGCCUGGUAGCGAUGCAACUCUCAGGUUAGUGGUUAUGGAAUCUGGGAUUCUCAAAUCUGGCCAUUUAGUACUAGUUGAUGCAAACGGAAUUUCGAUGGGAAGAGAUAGAUGGGAUGAUCGACGACUUCGUUUGGCUGAAAUGCCCACUUCAAAACAUCAUUGUCAAAUAUAUUGUUCUUCAUCAGCUACUGCUGAUGCCAAAUCCGACGACGAUGAUAUGUCAGCUGUCACAACCUUGGAUACAUUUUUCAUUGUUGACAAUGGAUCACAAAAUGGUACAUUUGUUAAUUCAAAACGAUUGUCAGAAAGUAAGAUGAGUUCUAAACCUCAUCAAUUAUGUCAUUUGGAUGAGUUAGUGGUUGGGAGCACCAAGUUUCAGGUACACUUGCAUAAACAAUGGACCUGUGAUGUUUGUACUGUAACUGAAGGAAAGAUGAUUGACAUAUCACAAAAGUUUGAUGGGAAUGCUAGUCAUAAUAAAAUUAAACAAAAAGGUUCAGAAGGAGAUAUAGGGUUCGAUGGCAUUAAUAAUAAUAAUAAUGCAACACAAAAAGAACUUUUGGAAUUUCAACGCCGUGAAGAGUUAAAUCGAUUGAAACGAAAAUACAUGGGUCAACCAAAUGUUAAACAUAAACAUACAAAAUAUGUCGAUCGGGCAGCAAUAAGAAGAGAGAUUCAUCCUGAUAAUAGUCCGAUAAGAAAAGAUUGGGAAGAUGUUUCUGGUACAAAUUCUGAAAUAGAGAUAAAUGUGCAGACCAAGAUUGGGUCUGAAAAUAGGGGCAAUAAGCUUUUACAAAAAAUGGUCAUACAAUUAGUUGCAAGGAUAAAAAAUUCUAGCAUUUCUUAA